AUGACCUCCCCAUUCGAGGACGUAUUGGCAGGCGACAAGGGCCAGAUUCGCUCAACUCUCUUCAACUUCCUGAAUGACGGCGCUUCCCUCUAUCAACUGCGAUCAGUGUCUCGCACACUGAAGAGCGUCGUCGACAGCUGCCCGAUGGGCCUCUUCCGGCAGCUAUAUAUCCAUUUGCCUUUUCCGAAGCCACAGGCAAUUAGCGAACCUGCUGGUGUACUCGCAUCUCAGACACCUCGCAAUGGCAAGAAGAAAUCCACGAAAUACAUGAUCUCCCACAAUCUGCCAAGCCUUUGGAAUAUUGCUCCACUGUGCACCUCUCUCACGAUAAAGGUCAUGUACGGUACAUCCCGGUCGCCAUACGAGCUCGGCGACUCACUAGCACGCGUCAAAAUGGUACAAAAAACGGCGGAGAAACGGCGCACAUCCAUGAAUUCAUUGCAGAGAAGGAUGUGGAAAGCACGUCACGAGCCAUAUCAGGAACCUGAAAAUUCCAUGGCCUUGACCGUGCCUCAACAGGAAACGAUGUCACACGACGAGUGGACACUGGAUCUAUACAAUUGGGAGAGUAUCUUUCGCUCAUUGAGACGCCUCGUCCAGCUUACCCUCUCCGUCAAUGGCGAUCCAGCUUGGCCUGGCCGCACAAAUGUAGAGCAACUCGUCAACAUGCUGCGCAUAGGCUUAGAGCGUGGGCAGCCGCCGAACCUCAGGACGAUCACCCUGGACCCGAUACACGCUGCAGGCUUGAUUCACCUUCGCUGGAAUGGCUUCGCGGCUUUUGUGGAGAGACCUUUCCGUCCACCACACGAUAGUGCCGGCAUCCCUCCACCACGACACAAUGCUGAAAUUUGGACCAAACUCAUGACGCUGGACCUUAGGAUACGCAACCCCACAGCUACAAAAUCGCUGACUAUCAACCAAACGACCAUGACACUGAAGCUGCUGGAGGAUUAUUUGCGAAGCUUCUCCCGCAACCUGCGAUGCUUGCGCUUCAUCUGGCUUGAUGCUGCCGGACCAAGCCCGUUAGCACUUGACGAACAAGAAUCCUUGCAAGAGCGUCGCUCAAUCACCUGGCCAAGACUCGCAGAGCUUUGCCUGGGCAAUACUACAGAGCUAGACCACACAAUCGAAUUACUACCAGUGCUGGCGCCAAAUGUGACAACAUUCAAAGUUCUUCGUGAUUCUUUCUGCUCUGUUCGGACCAUUCCGCAAUCGUCGAAAGUAUGGAUGACUGCAUUUGACCGAUCCUCUGGCCAAAUUCACCCUGCAAUCGUGACGGCAUCCAGCAGAAACGUUUCGAAUCACAGAAAGUCUCUCCUAGCAAGACGAAAGGUGCCAGCAUUCUCAUUGAACAGGCCGUUCUCUCAAGCUUCUGCGGUUCCCCCUGCCCUCAGCAUUCCCGAGAAGCUAGCAAAGAAAACUGUGAUAGUCAGAAAGUGGGUGCCCCAUCCCGCUUUCAGACCCACCGCCAGGACCUCUGAAAGUAAAAAUCAGCGGCUUAGUACGGGCGAUCCAGACUUACUCACUCCGAGACCCUUCGAAAGCUCAACAUCCAGCUUAGCCGGUACAGAACCAAGUAUGAAUGGCCUCGCGAGCGUAAAUGAAGAGCUCACCGCCGACCUCACGAAUAUGCUGGACUAUGAGGACGUAGACACGGGAACAAGAUCUGCUUAUACUCCUUCGCAAAGUCCCUCAAUCGUACGCAAGUAUUCUGCUUUCAACAAUGCCCUCACAUCCUAUGCAAACCAGCGUAGCACCUCCGUGCAACGAAAGCAAGUCGAAGCUCCAAGCGUGACGGGAGUGCCAUCAAGCCCCAGGCGAUUGGUAAAGCACGUACCCCUUUCUAGCGCUGUCGCCGAAUACGAGCAGAGAUGGCAACAAUCAUUGCCGCAAAAGCAGUCUCGGGGCCGAGAGCCGCCGCCUGUCCCGUCAAUGAUCUCUCCAGCACUCGAAACGUGUAGUUUCAAUAGUGACUUGCCUUCGAACUCCGGCCUUCUGAGAAUUCCCGGAGACACACGAUGGUCUCUAUCAUCGCCUACCAGCUACUAUUCGAGCGAAGACACGGAACCAAACGCGGUCGAUGCUACUUUGAAACCCAGGAUUCCCAGCAGUGUCGACAGCCAGGAAAACGGUUGGAUUCACCUCAGAGAGAGCAUCGCGACCGCGAGCUCAGUUGCAAGCAGACCUCUUAGCAAAUUCAUGUCAGCUUUGAGGCGGGAUGGAGCGCCACCGAAGAUCCGGAAGUGA